GUAAAGGCAGCACCGCACUCCCCAAUCUCCCCUCCUCCCAAUUGCACCCGGCUGCAAUUGCUCUCCUUUCAUCUCCAAAACCUCCCGUAUACCUCUAAUAUGUUCCGGAACGCCCUUCGACAGUCGACGCGCGCCGUCGGCGCUGUCUCUGCUGCUGGCAGGGUCGCCGCGCUCCGAAAUGCCGCACCCGCCUCCAUCAACGCCGCUCGAUUCUACGCUUCCGACGCCAAGGCUACUCCCACCGAGGUCUCUUCUAUCCUCGAGCAGCGAAUCCGUGGUGUCCAGGAGGAGUCCAACCUCGCUGAGACUGGCCGUGUUCUUUCCGUCGGUGAUGGUAUCGCCCGUGUUCACGGUAUGGCCAACGUCCAGGCUGAGGAGCUUGUCGAGUUCGCCUCCGGUGUCAAGGGAAUGUGCAUGAACCUCGAGGCCGGCCAGGUCGGUGUUGUGUUGUUCGGUUCCGAUCGUCUCGUCAAGGAGGGUGAGACCGUCAAGCGUACCGGUGAGAUUGUUGAUAUCCCUGUCGGCCCUGAGAUGCUCGGCCGUGUCGUCGACGCUCUCGGUAACCCCAUUGACGGCAAGGGUCCUAUCAACACCAAGGAGCGACGCCGUGCUCAGCUCAAGGCUCCCGGUAUUCUGCCCCGAAAGUCCGUCAACGAGCCUGUCCAGACUGGUCUCAAGUCCAUCGACGCCAUGGUUCCCAUCGGCCGUGGACAGCGUGAGCUGAUCAUUGGUGAUCGUCAGACUGGUAAGACUGCCGUUGGUCUCGACACCAUCCUCAACCAGAAGCGAUGGAACGAUGGCAACGACGAGAAGAAGAAGCUCUUCUGUAUCUACGUCGCCGUUGGUCAGAAGCGAUCCACCGUCGCUCAGUUCGUCAAGACUCUCGAGGAGAACGACGCCAUGAAGUACUCCAUCGUCGUCGCCGCUACUGCCUCUGAGGCUGCUCCUCUCCAGUACCUCGCUCCUUUCACCGGUGCCUCCAUUGGUGAAUGGUUCCGCGAUAAUGGCAAGCACUCUCUCGUCAUCUUCGACGAUCUUUCCAAGCAAGCCGUCGCUUACCGACAAAUGUCUCUGCUUACAUUCCCACCAACGUUAUUUCCAUCACUGAUGGUCAGAUCUUCUUGGAGGCUGAGCUGUUCUACAAGGGUAUCCGACCUGCCAUCAACGUCGGUCUUUCCGUCUCUCGUGUCGGUUCCGCUGCCCAGCUUAAGGCUAUGAAGCAGGUUGCUGGUUCCCUGAAGCUUUUCUUGGCCCAGUACCGUGAGGUUGCUGCUUUCGCCCAGUUCGGUUCCGAUUUGGAUGCUGCUACCAAGCAGACCCUCAACCGUGGUGAGCGUCUUACCGAGCUCCUCAAGCAGAAGCAGUACAGCCCCAUGGCUGUCACCGAGAUGGUUCCUCUCAUCUUCGCUGGUGUUAACGGUUUCCUCGACACCAUCCCCGUUAACAAGAUUCUUCAGUGGGAGUCUGACUUCCUUGCCCACCUCAAGACCAACGAGACCGAGCUCCUUGCCACUAUUGACAAGGAGGGCGCCAUCUCCAAGGACACUGAGGCCAAGCUCAAGGACGUCGUCCAGUCCUUCGUCAAGAGCUUCCUCGGUUAAAUGUAAUCAAAAGCAACUUGUGCGGAGAAUAGCGGGGGCCUUUGGGGAUGUCGCUGUCUAUAUCGAAUAUCUAUUGUCGUUUUUCUCUCUUGAGGCGGAGGGAACAUGUCGAGGGGUCGCGCCUGGAUGGAGCGACGGGAUUGAGUUGAGGGAGAUUCGCCCGUCGUAUUGCCACUUGUAAAAUAGAGCACAAAACUCAAUGAAUGCCCUCGAUUCCUUUUGUUCUUGAA